AUGGAGCGGGACGACACAGCGAGCGUGUCAAAAAAGACAAUAAUUGCAAAGAUAUUUAAAGUUCGCAAGAGGAGGGAGAUGCUUUUCGUACAGGUGUGCUUUAUCUGCAGUGUCCUCUUCGUGGCGUGGAGCAUGUCGGCGCUGUUGACCAAGACAGGCCAUGGAAUGAUAGUGGAGGGCCAUCCAAGUGUUGAACACUGGGGAAGACGGCUAAUGGCUUCAACACUGGACAAUGAGACGGAGCAGAAGAACUGUUCAGAGCCAGCAAUACACGAGUUCCCUCAAGACUAUUUCACCAACAAUGAACGGAAGAGUGGGGCUGUUCUGCUGCACAUUGCGGCGGCACUCUACAUGUUUCUGGCCCUCGCCAUAACAUGUGACGAGUAUUUUGUGACGUCGCUGGAGAAGAUCUGUGAGAAACUCGAUCUGAGUGAAGACGUUGCCGGAGCCACCUUCAUGGCAGCUGGCAGCUCUGCACCGGAGCUGUUUGCAUCUGUCAUUGGUGUCUUCAUCACCCACGGAGAUGUUGGGGUGGGGACGAUCGUGGGCUCAGCGGUCUUCAACAUCCUGUGCAUCAUUGGAGUCUGCGGGAUCUUCGCUGGACAGGUAGUGAUGCUGACCUGGUGGGCGGUUUUCAGAGACUCCUUCUACUACAUCUUGUCUGUUCUGGCUCUAAUCGCAUUCAUCUACGAUGAGAAGAUAGUGUGGUGGGAGAGUUUAAUCCUAGUUCUGAUGUAUGCGGGUUACAUCCUCGUCAUGAAAUUCAACUCCAGCAUGCAGAAUUUUUUCAUGGGGAAGUCCAAGAAGAACGUGGCCAAUGGUAACGCUGUGGCCAGCAGUGAGAUGGAGGACGUCAAGCCCAGCAAGGCUUACAGCCGUGGCUCUGUGGUGAUGGUGGAUGAGAUCAUAAACGCCAGCCCUUCAAAGUUCAGGUUUCCAGAAGCUGGCCUGCGUGUCAUGGUCACCAGCCACUUUGGACCCAAGACGCGCCUGCGCAUGGCGAGUCGCCUCAUCAUUACAGAGCGCCAGAAGUUGGUCCAAGCUGCCAAUGGAGUGGAGACACAAGUGAUCGACGGGAAGGUUGAAAUAGAGAACGGAAACGUACCAGAGGACAAAACCACCAAGGAGGCAGAGGAAAACGAGACCAUCUCCCCGUUUCAUGUUCCACGCGGUAUUGGCAGCAAGGUGAAGUGGCUCAUCUCGUGGCCUCUGCUCCUGUUGUUGUUCUUUACCGUCCCGAACAGUGCCAAGCCUCGCUGGGAGAAAUUCUUCAUGGUGUCCUUCAUCCUGUCCACUGUCUGGAUUGCUGUCUUCUCCUACUUUAUGGUCUGGAUGGUGACUAUAAUUGGCUACACUCUGGGAAUCCCUGAUGUCAUCAUGGGCAUCACUUUCCUGGCAGCAGGCACCAGUGUCCCAGACUGCAUAGCCAGUCUCAUUGUUGCUAGACAAGGUUUGGGAGACAUGGCAGUGUCCAACACUAUUGGCAGUAACGUGUUUGAUAUCCUGGUGGGUCUGGGGGUUCCCUGGGCCAUACAGACCAUUUGUGUCAGCUAUGGAUCAGAGGUGAUGAUUAAUAGUCGGGGGCUGGUGUACUCAGUGGUGCUUCUGCUGGGCUCUGUGGCCCUCACGGUGCUGGGGAUUCACCUGAAUAAGUGGAGGCUGGACUUCAAGCUGGGCAUUUACGUCCUCAUCCUGUAUGCCAUCUUCCUCUGCUUCUCCGUCAUGAUCGAGUACAACGUCUUCACCUUCGUCAACCUGCCCAUGUGCAUGGAGGACUAAAGCACAGCAGCAUGCCUCGGAUACCAAAACCUCAGCACUCCCACUGCAACCCAAAACAUUUCUUUUUUUUUUCUCUCUCUCAAUAAUACUGGACCUAUCUGCAGACUUUUUCU